AUGGCGAAGAAUCCAGUAACCGCCACUCUUCUCUGCAUUCUAGCCAUGUGGGUUGUCACCAGCGUCGACUCUGCACACCACGCCGCGCCGUCGCCGGCGGUGGAUUGUUCGAACCUGGUGCUGAACUUGGCGGACUGCCUCUCCUACGUUACCAAUGGAAGCACGGUGAAGAAGCCGGAAGGAUCGUGCUGUUCUGGGCUGAAGACGGUGCUUAAGACCAAUGCCGAGUGUCUCUGUGACGCUUUUAAGAAUAGUGCUCAGUUGGGUAUUACUUUGAAUGUUACUAAGGCUUUGACUCUCCCCUCUGCUUGCCAUCUCUCCGCUCCUUCUGUUAGCAACUGUGGAUUGAGUGUUGCUCCUGGUGCAUCUCCGGCUUUCUCACCGAUUGCUGGCUCCCCUGUUCCAACUCCUUCUGUUGCCGCAGGACCUAAUGGAGCUGCCCUGUCACCAUCUCAAGGUAGUUCAGGUUCUUCCAUGCUUGCCAUUUCUGUUGGGUCCCUUGUUCUUACNACCCCUGUUACAACUCCUUCUGUUGCCGCAGGACCUAAUGGAGCUGCCCCGUCACCAUCUCUACGUAGUUCAGGUUCUUCCAUGCUUGCCAUUUCUGUUGGGUCCCUUGUUCUUACCCUAAUUGCUGCAUCUCUCUCUUUGUUUUGA